GUCGUACUCAUACUCAUUGAAUUCCUCGUGCGGUGAGCUGUGGCCAUGGUCAAGACAAAGAAGUCACGCGCGGCAGUAACUCACCGGUCAGCGGAUUCCAAAGGGUUGCCGCCCGGCUGGAUACGCGUGGAGUCAAGGUCGAAACCCGGUGCAUACUUCUAUGCUCACCCGGCUACAAAGCGAACCCAAACCGAGCAUCCAAGUGAAAGGAACAGCCACCGGGACAUGACCCACAUCUCCUCAAAAAGACCUGCUGGGCCACGACGCCGGAAAACUGACGAAGGUGUUAGUCCCAUGGAUGUGGAGGACUUUGAGGACCCUGCUGAAAAGGCCGAACGCUUACGUCAAGAAGCAGAGGAGGCGGAGGCUGCGGAAGCUGCCCGCCAAGAAAUGGUGCGGCAGCAGCGCGCUGCGAAGCGAGCUCUGCUGAAGGAGGCAGAGGACAAGAGAGACGAAGGAGGUUCGGAGGAGGAAAAAGAACUUGUUUCCAAGGAAGAACUCCAAAAGUGGAAAGAGGAUGAGGAAAGGAGAGAGCAAGAGGAGGCAGAGGCAGAGCGCCGAAGAAAGGAGGAAGAGGAACGGAAAAAGAGAGAAGAGGAAGAAGCAGAACGACGGCAAAUCGAAGAGCAGGAGAGGCGCCGGAAAGAAGCAGAAGAGGAGGAAAGAAGAAUAGAAGCAGAAAAAAUUGCCCUUUGGAAAGCUCGAACAGCGAUGGCACGGAAGGAGGCCGAGUUUGAGAUGGCCAUGUCACGCGAAAAGCAGAAGAAGGAGGAAUCUGACAAGAUUCAGCUUGAGGCGGAACGGGUGCGACAAGCGUUGUUGGAGCGCAAAAAGCAGGAAGCUGAAGAAGAAACCAAGAAAGCUGAAGCCGAAUUGCGCCGGAAGGCGGAGGCUGAACGAUUGAGACGUGAAGCUGACGCCAAAAAUCAAAAGAACCAGCGCAUUCUGGAACUGCGCUUUGCUUUGCUUUCUGAGGAGCCAUCCGACCAGAUUGAUGUGCCCUGCUUCGAUGUCUUUAAAGGUGGUGAUCGGAUAGGACGUUUCCGGCUGUCGCCUCCGCAAAUGACAUGGACAAUUGGCAGAUGUCCGCCAGUAGACAUCCGGGCCAGUCAUGAAACUGUCUCCCGAAAGCAUGCCCAGGUAAAUCGCCAGGGCUGCUUCACCUUCAUUCAAGAUUUGGGUUCAGCUCACGGAACAGUUCUUAACGGACACAAGCUUGCCAAAAAUAUGCUGGAGCGGGUAUGCUCCGGUGAUAACCUUCGUUUCGGUGGCUCUUCCCGGACAUAUGUGUAUCGGGAGCCAUCCACUGCGAUCCACAUUACUCGAGGCGUCCGGCCGCAGCAAGUCUCCAUAGAAAAGGAGAUCCCAGAGCCUGCUUUGGAUUCACCCAAGAUACUACCAGGCGUACCAGGUAAGCCCAAGGUGCAGAUGGAAGAGAGGCUUAUAAGUAGCCCACUUGUGGCAAACUUGGCGGUGGAUCAGCAUCCAAGCGCUCAAGCAGAGACAAUGGUUCCUGUGCAUACAGGCACAGUCACCACUAGGUCUCCAGUAGGCGAACCUGAGAAGGCUGCUGAACCGAGCAGGCCCACUCAGACUGAGACUUUGGGGGUGGAUCCCGCACAAGGGAUUGAUCCUCCAGAGCCAAAGGCACCUGCUGGCGAUCUGAAGAUGCCAACAAGCAAAAUAAAAAAGCAAGCAAAAAAGUCCUCGUCUUCGUCUUCUUCGUCAACGUCAUCUUCAAAACGGAGAAGGAAAGCUUCAAAGUCAUCCCGGAGGAAAAAGAAAUCUUCAUCAUCGACCUCAUCAAGCAAAGACAAAAAGCGGAAGGACAGCAAAAAGAAAAAGCGGAAGUCUUCGUCAUCGACCUCCGCAUCUGCUGAAAAGAAGAAGAGGAAGUCCAGGUCAAAGCGGAAGUCCUCCUCAUCAUAGCUGCAGGCUUUGAGGUCAGCCUUGCGCUCCAUGUGCUUUCCAGCCUUUGCAGCCCGCUCUAGGUGGGUCCCUGUGAAGACGAUUGAUCUGCCGCUUGUGUGGCAGACCGUGGACAGCUCGAA